CAUCGUGAUCUCGGGCAGUCUCGGGGUGUCGGGGGGCUGAGGCAGGGACGUUCUAGACAACAUUCUCGUGUAACGAGAAGAAGUGUUUUAAAUAAGGGGGGAUAUCUUGAAACUCGUAUUUAUCUUAAAUUUAUUUCCUUCCAUCUCAUAUUUAUCUUCUCUUCUGUUUGUGCGACAUCGUGGUGUCGUAUUCGUACAAUUUCACCUCAUUCCGGUCGAUUACAGUAAUGGCAACUCCAAAAGUAUGGGCGAAAAUACAACCUCUGGAAAGUCCUGUUAAUUUACUGGAUAUCACGAUGGAACAAUUGGCUGCGAGCAUGCAGGAAAGUAAUUUUUGUAUUGCAAGGGAACUGAAGAAAUGUUUUGACAAGGAUAACGUGAAUGUAAUGGAUAAGACGAUGGGAGAAACGUAUGAUGCAAGUGAUACUGGCAACGAUGAAGUCAUAGCACAUUUGUUACAAACUCAAUUUAGUCGCGAGUACGACACGAUGUUGAAGCGCACAGAAAAGAAGUUCAAUCGUGACUCAAAAGUGAGCAUCUCAUUUAGCAAUUACAGUUCUUUGUACAAUGUCAAGGAUGAAGAUAAUACAGAUUUGAAUGUAGACGACAGUAAUAGGGAUUUUGAUCGGUUUGUCAGCAUAGAAAAAGAGUAUGCUUCGAUACCACGCUGCGGUUACAAGAAGACGGGAAAAGAUUCUAGGAUUGUUACGAAACAUGAUAUCUUAAUGUCUUCCAGGAUUAAUGCUUGCCGAUUAUUACAGUUCCCACCAGGAAUUCAUACAGGAGACACGGGUGGUUUUGAUGUUAAACUGAAUAACAAAGUAUACAACUCCUUGCUCACUCACAGUCGGGCGCAAUAUUCCAAGGAGAGGGCAAAAGUCUCGCCAAAAUCGAAAACUCAUUCGAAAUAGAACUCAAUACCUGACAGUUUUCUUCCUAAAGCAGUAUUCUGUACUUUGUUAAUGCGCGAUAUAUACUCCCUUGGUAUCUUGUUUCAAAAUCAUAUUAAUAAAUCAAUUUAAAUUAUCAUUUAAAAAUUAUUUCGUAUAAUCAUGUAAUUAAUAUCAAUUCUACUUUAGCAAUAGGCAACAUUUAUCAAUGACUCAUAAUCGCUAACCAUGUACAGAAUACCUGUGUUCAUAAUCUGCAAUUGUUAUAUUUAUGCCCACUUACUGUAAAUACGUCAGGAUAAUUGCACAACAUGACGAAAUAAUGAGUUUGUACAUAAUUCAGUUAAAUGUACAUUUAAAAAUAAAAAAAAAAUCUAGCAACUGGAAACAUUGCUCAGAACUGAAAUAUAUUAUAUUCUUUAUAAUAAAUCUCACAGCAACAUAAAAAAAAACAGAAUUUAUCAGAUGUAAAACAGGAAACAGUUGCGUAAAAUUGUGAAACAAUUUGUCAUUGUUCUGUAAGUAAACAUGACUAAACCGAUGAAUAAUCGAUAAAAAAUUCAAUACUUUUUUUAUCAGGUAUAUCAAACAUACAGUUAGGCGAGCUACACAUUUUUUUCGUUAAAUUAAAAUAUUAUAUAAUACUUAUAACUGAUUAAAAUAGUCAAAGAUUUUUUUAUCAAAAUCUAUAUGUGGAAUUUAUUCAUGGAAUUUAUUAAUUAUUCUCUUGAUAUCAAUUCUUAUUUUGGAUCACGAAAGUAUCAAACGAAUACACCUGCUAUCAAUAAUGAACCGAUUGCACAAUAAACAUGUAUUAAAAAAAA